AUGAAAAUUAUUCUCGUCUUGUCUCUAUUGUUGGUUAUCCUAUGCAUUUCUUCCUUUUCUCAUGCGCAAACUUGUGCUGACACUAAGACAGCCCCUUUUUCUUGUCCUACUUGUAAGACUUGUACAGGUCCUUCAUCAACUUGUUGUGAUGUUGUCAAAGAUGCCGCUUCGGGUGCCUUUAUGGACUUGGUGAAAUUAAGAAAGGCCUCACAAGAUUGCAUCGACCAAGCUAAAGAGUUUACAUGUGCUAGAUGUGACCCUAAAAAUCAAGGCCUUCCUACCGACAUCAAUGGUAUUGUCUUGUGCAAGUCUAAAUGUUUGACCAUGCAAAAAGUUUGUUCGGGUGUGCUUACUUUCAGAUGUGAUGACGCACCAGAAUCAAAUUGUUGGAGUAGCGCCGAGAGUAUUCGUCUUGUUGAUUUAAAGUUUGUCGUGGCACUUGUGAUUUCAAUUUAUUUGUUUAUUUGUCAUUUGAUUUAA